AUGGAAGAUACCAAAUCUUUAUUGAUAAUGGUUCUUCAGAAAAUAUUUCACAGUCGUUUAAAUAUAGUUGAAGAUACUUAUCAAUUAAUUUACAAUUAUAACAAUGGAAAAAAAGAAAAAAAGGAGUAUGAAAGGACGCUUAAAAAUAUUUGUGAUUUAAUGAAUGAAGAAUUGCCCUCGGACAUUUUAGUGUAUUUGUUAACUUUAGUGGAUAUGCCAAAUGAAGAUGGCAUUCAGUUGCCAAUAAUGGAAAAAAUUCAGAAAACUUAUUGUUGCUUAGCAGAAAGUGUGAGGCCAUUUUUACUUGAAUAUUUAACAAAUAAAAAAAGCGGCGAUGAUAACCUUAAAGGAAAAGAUGAUACCACAAACGAAAAUGUAAAAACAAACGUAUCGGAAAAUGCAGUAAAAGCAAUGUUGGAGCGUGAUCAAGAAUCUGCAAAAAGUUUGCUUGACAUUGCUGCAAAUUAUGUUAUAAAAAAUGAAAAAAAGUUAAAAUAUAUAUAUAAAUCAAAGCUUAUUCAGGCAUGGAAAAUGAUAAACUCAAACUAUUGUUCAGGAGAUACCUUAAAACAAUGUUAUAAUACUCUGGAACACAUAAACAAGAAAACGAAAUUAUUGCGUUCCAUUGAAAAUGAUAAUGUAGUUUCAGUAGAAGAAUAUGAAAAUAGUGACAUCUUAUUAAAAGAAUGUAAUAUGCUUUCCACAAUAAAUUCAAAUCCUUUUCAAUUAAACGAAUUUUUAGUUGAAAAAUUAAAGUCAAUA